AUGAGUUCCAUCGGCGAUGCCACCACCACCACACCGGAGGCAAACUCUGCCAAGCCACUGCGAUCACCGCUCCAGCUAAGAGGAGUCUUGGAUAACUUUGAGUCCUUUGAUGUUACCCCAGUAAUUGGACGAGAAUUCCCCAAUGCCAGCCUUAAGGAAUGGCUAGAAGCGCCUAAUUCCGAUGAACUCCUGCGGGACCUGGCCAUCACUGUAUCGCAACGCGGUGUCGUCUUUUUCCGAAGGCAAAAUGACCUUACCAGCGACCUACAAAAGGAGUUGGUCGAUCGUAUGGGCAAGCUGAGCGGCAAGCCCGCUACCUCUGGCCUACAUAUUCACCCCGUGAACAACGCGAGUCGAAAGAUGGGCGGGGACGAUGACCACAUCAGCACCAUAAGCUAUGAACAGCGAAAGAUGUACGGUCGCACGCUGUACAAGACAAAGCAAAGUGCCAAGGAAGGAUGGCACAGCGACAUUACUUUUGAGCCGUGCCCGAGCGACUAUGCGAUUCUGCGACUUACCCAGCUGCCGCGCACUGGAGGUGAUACCCUGUGGGCCUCUGGAUACGAAGUCUACGAUCGAAUCUCUAAGCCGUAUCAAAAGUUCUUGGAGGGCUUGACUGCCACUUCUACCCAGCCUCUGUUCAAGGAAACCGCGGCCAAGAACGACUUUGCGAUACACCCAGGUCCUCGUGGCAGUCUCGAAAAUGUGGGAACAAGCCUCACUACCGUGCACCCUGUAGUUCGCACCAACCCGGUCACGGGGUGGAAGAGCAUCUUUGCCGUCGGUCACCACAUGCAGCGAAUCAACGAUGUUUCCGAUGCCGAAAGCCAGCAUCUACUCCAGUGGUUCGUACGGCUGAUUGUCGAUAACCACGACCUGCAAGUCAGGCACCGCUGGCAGAAUCCUAAUGAUGUCGCCAUCUGGGACAACCGGAGCACUUUCCAUACGGCCACUUUUGACUAUGAGGGACUGGGAUCCCGGUCGGGACAACGGGCUGUAAGCGUGGGGGAAAGACCUUAUUUUGAUCCCUCCAGCGUUGGAAGACAGGAGGCCUUGGCACAGGACAUUGAGAAAUCGGGAUAA